AUAUAACUUGCCUGAGGCUUGGAGGAUGACACUCGAGCUUCUGUGCCUUCCUUCCCCCACAGUCCCGAGGUUUUCUCCUGUGGAAAGCGGAAGAACAGCUAAAUGGGCACCGUUCAAAAUCCCAAAUUCGCCCACUUGUUCCUCAAAGACUCGAAAUAUGGGCAGAUUUUUGUGCUUGAGCGCUCAAAACAGAGGCUUUGGGGAAGCAUCUGGAAGAGUUGGUGAUGGGGACGGAGUGAUUAUUGUGGAUCACGGGUCGCGUCGCAAAGAAUCCAAUUUGAUGCUUCAUGAAUUUGUGGAGAUGUUUAAACAUAAAAGUGGAUACGAGAUUGUGGAGCCUGCUCAUAUGGAAUUGGCAGAACCAUCAAUAGCAGAUGCCUUUGAAUCUUGCAUUCAGCAAGGCGCAUGCCGUAUCAUUGUCAGUCCUUUUUUCCUCUUCCCUGGUCGGCAUUGGCACCAGGAUAUUCCUUCCUUAACAGCAGAAGCAGCGAAGGAUCACCCAGGUGUGUCAUAUAUUAUAACAGCGCCCCUUGGACUUCAUCAGUUACUUGUGGAUGUUGUAGAUGAUAGGAUCAAGCAUUGCUUAAGGCAUGUAGCUGGAGAUGCAGACGAGUGUUCAAUAUGUGCUGGGACUGGCAAAUGCAGGCUAUAUUAAUUUAGAAAACUUACUCGUAUGGGAUGCUCUUGACGUGAAGGCAGAUGAAUCAGAAAG